UGCCAUUCCUAGUCAAGACCGUUCGAAGAAUGAAUAUAUUUAGGUUUCUUCCGCCAAUACUUGACCAUUACAGUUGAUGACCGCUAAUCAAGAGUAUUCAACGUGAAUUCCCGUAACUGCAGGAUCAAAUGUAAGUUAAAGAAUCAACAUUAUGAUGUCAUUGAGUAAUAUCUACAAACCUGAAGCAAACAAGUUUUCUCAUCUUGGAAGUGAAGAUGAUGAUGAUUCUGAUGAGCUGGAUGAUGAAAUUGACGACAGCUACAACAAAGCAUUGCACAGUCCUACAAGAAAUGUUCAGAAACCGUUGAUGGCACCAAACAGGACCACAAAAAUAAGAAGAGCGCACUCUAAGCCAUGGUGUACAACCAGGGCCUGUUUUGUCUGCUUUGUCUGGCUUGCAUUCUUUUCUAUUUGUGUCUCUGGCCUUGUACUUCUCAUUCUGCGAGCAGUUGAUUCAGUGGAUUCAAAAACAAAUGAUCCAAAUACUCACUUUGUCAAGAAAGUUUUAUUGGAUAACCAACAGACAUCCUUCAAUGAUGAGAGCAAUUUUGCUCCCUGUGAUGAACUUUAUGCUACAAAGGUGUGGCACACAACAAUGUCUAAACUAAUGACCGAAACGGCUGUGCGACUUAAUGAUGUCAAUGAAGAUGGUGUUGAUGACCUCAUGGUAGGGUUUUCAACUGGCGUUGAUGGGUACAAUGCACCUAAAAUCUCUUGUGAUCUAUAUUUUAAUGGCACUUAUCCAUGCUAUGGUGGGCUUUUGGCUCUUGAUGGUAAAACUGGCAGAGAAAUAUGGAGGCAUUAUACCAUGCAUGAAAUCUACUCAGUAAACUGUAACGGUGAUUUGGAUGUGGAUGGUGUACGAGACUGCUUGAUUUCAGGAAGGGCAGGAGUCUUCCAAGCUGUUAGUGGCAAGAAAGGACAGCUUAUUUGGAAUUUUGGACCACAGGAAUCUAGGGAUACUAACAUGAAUUUGUACACAGCACAGUUUAUCAGAGAUCUUAAUGGUGAUGGGGUGAUGGAAGUUUUAGUUACACAUGGGGGAGACCCUUUGGCGGAACCAAAUAGCCCUCAUCGUCUGGUUGGACGUCUUUUGAUAUNAAGUCAAAUUGCAUAA